AUGUGGGUAAAACAGUUAUUAAGGAUGAUUAAUGAAAUAUCUGCCUUGACACAUAGUUGCUUAGACAUACAAACUCGAUUUACCAAGAUAGUUAUUCAUUUCAGAAAUCAAUUGCCCAAUAGAAUUUCUUGGCAUGAAUUGGGUAUUCAUGUCCGAGCAGCACAGAGAUGGGUUAAACGUUAUUACGAAGACCCUGGAAGCAUCUUCGAAAAGAAGAGAAAGUCAAGUCGGCGUCGUAUUCUUGGAGAAGAUCAUAAGCAGUUUCUUUUAAAUUACAUUGAUGAGAAUCCCUCUGCUCUUGUAAUUGAAGUGACAGAAAGUUUGACACAAAUUUUUGCGGGUCUUAACGCUUCUCGCAGCACUAUUUAUAGCUUUAUGGCAACUGAGCGCAAUCUAUCUAUUAAGCAGGCACAAUUCCAGCCUGUAGAAAGAAACAGCGAAGAAAAGAUUCAACAAAGGUACCAUUGGGUACAAAAGUGGCAGCAAACCGACUUGGAUUUCACAACAAAUUGA